AUGAACAUUAUCAAGGCUAAGGGAAUCAUAUCUUCAUUCAUUGCCAAGUUUGAUAUAUACAAGUCAAACAUUGGUCGCAAAGAGCUAAUGCAAUUCCCAGCUCUUGAAAAGUGUUCAACAGCAGAUAUCGAGAUUCUCGAAAAUAAAAUCCUGAUUUUUACUGAUCACCUUGAUCAGUUAAAAACUGAUGUGGAAUCAAGAUUUAAAGAUUCGGUGAAAUUAGAAAUUCCGGAUUGGAUUUUCGAUCCUUUCUCUUUUGAAAAUGUGGAUAAGCUCACUUCCUCUUUGCAGACAGAGUUUUUAGAUUUGAAGUAUGACUGUGAGGCUAAAGUAGUCUUUAAAAAAUACGGUUACAAGUUAGCUUGGGUAAAGCUUAUGGACACUUACAAACUGAGAAGCUCCUCAUCUCGUUCCCAUCAACAUAUUUAG